AUGCCCGGCGCUCGUCAAGGUCCAAAGCGUAAGGCGAAACCUACCACGCCUGGCAACGAAAAGCCGGCGCGAGGCGAGAAGAAGAAGGAGUUGGCCACUCCGAUUGAGAUCUCUGACGACGAUGAGGAGCAAGACAUCGUCGACCUCAGCCCGAUCAAUGAUUCGGUCCAUACUAGCAGCAUGGCUCUCCAGCGGGAGGUUAGCGACGCCAACACCGUUUACGACACGCGCAACCACUGGGAGCGCGACGAGUUGGUCUUCACGCGCUUCGGUACCUACGAAGACAUCUUCGGGAAGACGGAACAGCCGCUCGUGAAACUGAGCCCUGCUACCGGGGACAUAACCUGGAAGCUGACCGAAGGGGUCUCCAUUAAGACACCCCACGCGAUGGUCAGACAAGUCCGGAACUCCCCUCAUCUCCCGGAAGCCCUCUUCGAUUUUCGGUUACAGCAGUGGUGUGACGACAACCGACACCGCGGGGAAACGAUCCGAGCUGACAACUGGAAGCGUUUCGUCUGGUCUGACGAAGAACUGCGGAGCAGUGGCGUACGGAUUCCACGUCUCGAGGUAGAAUAUGCCUUUAUUAAGAGCAAGGAGCAACGUCAAGGCUUCGCAUACACCGUGCUCGCUGGAACAAACAUUGCCGUUGACGAAGAGGAAGCCAUGGCGUACAUCGGGGUGAACCCCCAGUACAUCACAGUCGGUGCCUAUGCCCAUGAGUACCACGCUUUCAUCAACCCGCACGGUGGGCAUUCGGGACGAUGGAAGGAUCAGAACAUGAGUGAGGACAUCGGGGGCCACUACCCGAUUACCUUUUCGCUUGGAGCGGUCAGCGGAGAGUGGCGAGAAUUGGAGGCCCGCGAUUACGAGGAGUUUAAGCGCCUGCCCAACCAGGAGAAAGUAGAGAAGCGACGGACCUGGAGCACCCCCCUGCAGCUAGUGCAAAAGGCAGUUGGCAAGGCCAUCGCGAGAUUUUCCUCGACUUCACGUCUUUCAUUGGCCCAGCCUGUCCAGGCCUCGGCGUCUGAUCGCCCCAAGAUGCGGCAAUUUGAGACGAGUCAGUUCGAGCCAAUCCAUGGCAGCACGCCCACACCGGUCACGCCGCUCGGAAAGAACGUCAUUCCAGAGAGCCCUGACGCUGGCCCGGUCACCCAGGCCAAGGAACCCUCCACCGAAGCAAACAUGAGCGACGACGACCACGAUGACAGCCUGAGCCUCGCAUUUCACGACGCCGACCUCUCUGACCCCGAGUCUGAAUCGGGCAACGACUUCGAGGUUGAGGCCGAGCCUGAACCCGAGACUGAACCCGCCGCCAAAAAGGUAGAAGGCUUUGAGGGUAAAAGAGGUAAACCCGUGGUGCCCUGCGAGGGCCUCGUGGGGACCGAAUACGACCCGUUUAAGUCGGAUAAGAUGGUGCAAAGCGGUGCGCUGCAUGCCAUCCCUGACGAGCCCUGGGUGCACAAGAAGGUCAUCGCGCCCAUCGAGCUGUCACUCGCCCGAGCAAGGUGGGAGUGCCGCCACCUCGAGGAUAGGUCAAUCCUCUGGAAGAUCGCGGCGUUCGUCAAGCAGUUCAACGACGACGUCUCCAAGGAUCCGAAUCGGACCUGGGGGCACAAUGCCGCUGGUCGCCGGCUCAGAGACCGGCUCAAGGGCACGCUUAUCCAAAAGGUUGAGACUGGCGUCGUACAGGGUCUGCCGGACCCGGCAGAGAUUCUUGCCUAUCGAUACUGCGCUCCGAAUGGCACCUGCAGCGGUAUCAUCGACACCUACCUCGCGGAACUCGGGAUCCUCCACUAUGGCCAAAUCAACCAUGCUGCCCCGGUUGGAGCUAAGGACGUCGAUCGCGCCAAGCAGGCACGCGAGCUCGAGGAACUGCGCGCGCAAGUUGCUCAACUUAAUGAAGCCAUGGCCCAGAGGGUCACCCAGGAUGAAGUGCUCACGGCCCUCAAGGCCGUGGCUGACAGGCAGGAUCGGGGCAAUGCGGAAGCCCUGGAUCGUCACGAGGUGCUCAAGAAGGAGGUGGAGCGCUUGGUCAACGCCGAGAAAGACCGGGAUGCCAAGAUUGCCGAACUCGUCACCAAGGUUGCGGCACUGCAGAAGGAGCUGAAGGACGUCAAGACCCAGCAGAAGGAAACGAAGGAGGUCAAGACCUCGCCCCCCCCCGCAACUCCUGCGGCCAGACGUACCGCAAUCAGCCAGCCCGCCGCCGCGGCUAACCAGGGCUCUCAGUCCACGGCCACCAGGAAGAGACCGCGUGAGGCGGAGACUCCAGCCACGGGCACGCGCACCACCAGGGGAGGAACGGGAGCGAAUGCAGCUGCCGAAAAUGAGCGGCCUGCCACGCGGGCGCGCACGAUGCCUGCGCCGGCGCCCCCGCGCACGAAUAUCAUUGACUGGGCUGCGCAGAUCGGACGGAAGAAGUGA